GGUUGACAGAAUCGGCAGUAGGCAUUUACGACGGCGGUGAGGCAAUGCUGGAAUCAAUUAAAGUUACUGAGAGGCUCCACUGGCCAGAGCUGGAGAUGUCCAAGAAGUAUCUCCUCAGCCCCACGGAGAGGGCGCUGAGUCCCACCCAGGUGUGCCUGGAGAGGGUCCCGUCCAGCGUCCUGAAAGAUCUCUUCACCACCGGAACCAGCAGCUACAACGUCCUUCUCCAGAGCGAGGAAGAGGAGCGGCAGAGCCCCAAACACUCGCCGUACAGACGGCCCAAGAGGGCGCCCCACUGCGUCCCCGCCGCCCGUUGCCACGACAACCGCCAGCACCCCACCACGUCGUGUCUCUUGGCGGCGCCAGCCAAGGGCUGCGGAGACGUGAAGCGCUCCCAGUCGUUCGCCUCUCCGCCCUGCGUCUCCUCCGGACCGCCUAAGCCGUCCCACUACAUCACGGUGCUGGGCAGCCCCGUCGGCCUGUCCCCCCGCCUCUGUCCCAGACCUGGGAAGACCUACCUGGCCGGCCAGGCCCGCACCAAGCUCCCCUUGCUGACCAAAGACAGUUAUGCGAGGGACAGGGAGAACUCCCUCAAGAGGCUGUGCAUUCUGUCAGCCAUUAAGCCAUCCAACGUGGAGAAGGAAAAAGCCAAGUUCUUUAAAUCAGACUUCAACUACAACCCCCAGUUUGAGUACAGCAACCCAGUCUCUCCACAGAUACUGGCACGACACAGCAUUGCGUCUGACCGUUUUCUCCCUCAGGCGGUCCGCAUCAUGGAGCUGGCCCUGCAGAAAUACGGCAGUUACGAGACGUUUGAACAGGCCACCGGGGGCAGCCUACUCACCAAGAGCCGCAUAUGGUACCAAGUGAAGAAGUACAUGGAGAAAGAGGGAUGCUUGGGAGAGAUUGUCGUGCACCUGACGGACGAUCUUCUCUCCAGGGCGUCUAUGACUGUGGUUAACGGCCGUCCAACGCUCACCAUCAACAUCUGCACGGCCAGGGAACAGUGGCUGGAGGGCAUGCUCCGACACGAGAUCGGAACGCACUACUUCAGGGGAAUCAAUAACAGCCAGCAGCCGUGGAACAGCGGCGCGGCGAGGAAGAGACACGGCCUCAAACCCCUCAACCCCACCGAGGAGGGGCUGGCCAGCAUCCACAGCGUGCUCUUCCGCAAGGACCCCACCCUGUGGCGCGCCGCCCUGCUCUACUACACCGUCUACCAGGCCAGCCGCACGUCCUUCUCCCAGCUUUUCCACGACCUGGGCCGCUUCGUCCAGGACCCAAACACCCGCUGGGAUUACUGCGUACGGGCCAAACGAGGGCAGACCGACACCGCGCAGACAGGCUGUUUCAGUAAGGACCAGGUGUACCUGGACGGAAUUCUGAAGAUCCUCCGUCACAGAGACAAGAUUGACUUUCAGCUGCUCACCGCUCUGGGAAAGGUGUCGUAUGAAGACGUGGAGCGGCUGAGGGGAAUGGCGAUGAUGGAAAACGUGCGUAUCCCGCAUUUCCUGCAGGACCGGACCCGCUACGCCGAACAGCUAAACAAGAUCAUGGAGGUCAACCAGCUCACGGACGAGGAACUCUGCACGCUCAUCUGAGCGCGCUCAGACAGAGCCCGGUCAG